UGUGUGGAGAGCGCGUCUUGACUCAGCACUUGGAUUCGGCUCCUUCAUUUCCAACAUGGAAGAAACUUACAUCGAUCCCCUGGACCCUGAAAAGCUAUUGCAAUGUCCCUAUGAUAAAAACCACCAGAUCAGAGCCUGCAAGUUUCCUUAUCAUCUUAUCAAGUGCAGAAAGAAUCAUCCUGAUGUCGAAAACAAAUUGGCUACUUGUCCCUUCAAUGCUCGCCAUCAGGUUCCUCGGACCGAAAUCAGUCAUCAUAUUUCAAGCUGUGAUGACAAAAGUUGUAUAGAGCAAGACAUUGUCAACCAAACCAGGAACCUUGGACAAGAGACUCUGGUUGAGAGCACAUGGCAGUGCCCUCCUUGUGAUGAAGACUGGGAUAAAGAUUUGUGGGAACAGACCAGCACCCCAUUUGUCUGGGGCACAGCCAACUACCGUGGCAAGAACAGCCCUGCAAGCAACAUAGUUAUGGAACAUAAGAGUAACCUGGCUUCAGGCAUGCACGUUCCCAAGUCUCUGCCGUAUGUUCUGCCAUGGAAAAAUAAUGGAAAUGCACAGUAA